AGGCCAUGCACAGGGCAGGAGACCUAUAUAAAAGUCAGGACUCUAGAGGACUUUGCGGGACAACUGGAGGAAGAUAAGGAAGGAGCUGUCCAGCGCUGAGAAACAAGAAGGAAGGUGGCCAUGGCUAAGGAGUGGGGCUACUCCAGCCACAAUGGUCCUGAGCAUUGGCAUGAACUUUAUCCCAUUGCCAAAGGGGACAACCAGUCACCCAUUGAGCUACAUACUAAAGACAUCAAGCAUGACCCCUCUCUGCAACCCUGGUCAGCAUCUUAUGAUCCUGGCUCUGCUAAGACCAUCCUGAAUAAUGGGAAAACCUGCAGAGUAGUGUUUGAUGAUACCUACGACAGGUCUAUGCUGAGGGGUGGUCCUCUCUCUGGGCCCUAUCGACUUCGACAGUUUCAUCUUCACUGGGGUUCCUCGGAUGACCAUGGCUCUGAGCACACAGUGGAUGGAGUAAAGUAUGCCGCUGAGCUUCACCUGGUUCACUGGAACCCAAAAUACAACACCUUUGGAGAAGCUCUAAAGCAACCCGACGGAAUUGCUGUUGUUGGCAUUUUUCUGAAGAUAGGACGGGAGAAAGGAGAGUUCCAGAUUUUUCUUGAUGCCCUGGACAAAAUUAAGACUAAGGGCAAGGAGGCUCCUUUCACUCACUUCGACCCGUCCUGCCUGUUCCCUGCUUGCCGGGACUACUGGACCUACCAUGGCUCCUUCACCACGCCGCCCUGCGAGGAGUGCAUCGUGUGGCUGCUGCUGAAGGAGCCCAUGACCGUGAGCUCGGACCAGAUGGCCAAGCUUCGCAGUCUCUUCGCCAGCACAGAGAAUGAGCCCCCGGUGCCUCUGGUGGGGAAUUGGCGCCCCCCGCAGCCAGUCAAGGGUAGGGUGGUGAGGGCCUCCUUCAAGUGAGGUUCCCGGUUUGCCCUCUGCAGGAAAGAAAACAUGCCCUGAAGAGUUGACUGCCUCCCCUUGGGGCUCUGUGCUCUAAGCUAUUCUCCAACACCCAGAGGAAAAAGAAGCAGUCACAAGAAACCGCAAUGCCUUUUGACACUAUCUAACCCAGAAGCAUGAGUUUCACACCUAACUUUUGUAAUAACCACCUUUUCUAUGAAAUUAGUAUUUCUAGUAUGGGUUCGGUGAGGAAGAAAUAGAAGAAUAGAAAUAGAGACCAGUGGCUUACUGAGCAUAUUAAAUUUCUCAGAACCUCAGGGUUCCUGUUUCUCAGCUGAGGUACAGACUCUACAGAAGUGAUGGCUCAUGUUACGCAUGUGGGUAUGGAGGUGUGUGCCUACUCUCCCACAGUUAAGUGAAAGCACAAGUUAAGACCGUUUUGUUUUACUCUUAAAUACCAGCAAAACUCCAUCACUCGUUAAAAUUUUGUGUGCUACCA